AUGAAGGAUGUAAAAUUAAACAAGUCUAAUAUAAAUGUAGAUGAGAAUGGUAAUGAGCUAAAUUUUAAAAAUAAAAUAAAAGAUAAUAAUGAAAAUUGUGAAAUAGAGGAAAAAGAAUAUAAUGACAUGUCAAUGAAUCGCUUGAAUGAUACAUCUUCAGAAUGUUCAUCAUCGAGUAGUAUUGAUGAUAAUAAAAAUAAUAUGAUCAACGAAAAAAAAAAAGAAAAAGAACCAAAAAAAAUUGUACAUGGAAUUAAUUACAAUAUAAAGAACAUGAAUGAAGAUAAUUAUCAUAAGAAUAAUAAAAAUUUUGAGUAUAAUCCAAUGGAUCAAGAAUAUAAUAAAAACAGAGGAAAAAUAUAUAACCUUUUUUCAAAAGAACAUUAUGUUUAUGAACAUUAUAAAAAGAAAGAUAUUUUAUUAAGUCUAUGGUGGAAAAAUUUAAUAGAUCUAUACUCAGAUAUUAUAAUAACAAAUUUGUCUAAUAAUAUAAGUAAUAUAGAAAUUAUAAAUAUGAAUCAUGAUAAUAAUAAUAAUAUUUUAAAAAAUACAAAUUUCGAGUAUUUCAAUGAAGGGGUUUUAUUUUUUCAUAAUUCAAAGAAGACCAAUAAUUAUAAAAUGAGCAUAUUACGUGUAAUUACAACAGAUGAAGUAAAUAAAAAAAAUGAGAAACAAUUUUUUCAUUCGUCUGCAUUAAAAAAUAAUAUUAUAGAUGAUUCUUUUAAAAAAUAUUAUUCCAAGAAAUAUAAAAAUAUACCAAUUAUUAAAAGAUAUAAUUGUAUGUAUUUACCAUAUUAUACAACCAAUACAGAUAUUUUAUAUUGUAAUAAACAAAAUAUGAACACUAGUGUAAUGUCACGUCAGUCAACGUUUAUGAAUGAUGGAAAUGUAAUUGUAGCUAAUAAGUCAAUAAACGGAAAAAUAUAUCUUUAUAAUAUUAAAAAUACAAUUAAUAGGAUUAAUAAAAUGGAGUCUAUAGAGGCUGAUGGGGGUAUACCAGCUGCCUUAGAUGAUGACAAUUAUAUUAAUAAUGAUUAUUAUGAUGAUGAAGAGGAAGAGGAAGAAGAAGAGGAGGAGGAGGAGGAUGAAAAUAAUAAAUUACAUUUUGAUAAUGAAAAGAACGACGAACAAGAGGAAUGUAUAGAACAUUAUAAAAAUGAUGAUGGUGAUGAUAAUGAUGAUGAAGAUGAAGUGUUUGGAGUUGAAAUAGAAAAUAACCAAAAAUAUAAUCAUGAAGUAAAUAUAAUAAAUGAUGAAAAUAAUAAUUCAAAUGAUUGUGAUAAAAAGAUCGAUGAGAAUUCAAAAAAUGAAUGUUCUGAUAAUAAAAAAAAGGAUAGAAUCCUUACAUUUAGGAAGAAAAAAAAAACAGAAAUUGGUAAGGAAGAAAAUAAGAAUAUAAUAUGGAAUAACUCAAAUGAUAUCAAUAUUGAUAAUAAUAAUAAUAAGAAUAAAAUCAAUAAUAAGAAUAAUAAUAAUAAAUAUUAUUAUUAUGACCUUUGUGAUGAUAAUGUUACCAAUUUAAAAAGUAGAAAAAAAAAGAAAUAUAAAUCUACAGAUAAUGAAAAAAAGAAUAAAAUAUAUGAUGGGCAAUUAUUAUUAGAAUUAGAAGGUCAUAAAAGAACUGGGAAAGGAUUAUUUUUUAGAGAAAAUUAUUUAUUAAGUAAUGGUGAUGAUAAGAAUAUAUUCAUAUAUGAUAUAAAUAGUAAGAGUGUAAAUUCAAAAAAAAAUAAAUAUGGUGAUGAACAUACAAAUGUAUCAAAAAUAAAACCAUAUAUAUCAAUAAAGACGAAUGAAUUAUAUAGUAAUGUAAGAUGGUUAUAUGAUUCUAUAAUAAUCGGAUCAACAUAUAGUGGAUAUUUUUCUUUAUUUGAUAUAAGGAUGAAGAAUAAUAAUAUAAAUACCGUUCAUAAUUCAUAUACAGAUACAUUAAAUAAUAAUUAUAGAAGUGAUAGUAUAUAUAAUAAUUAUAUUAAUUAUAAUAUGAACAAAAGAAUAUCAAAUAUUAAUAAUAAUAUAAAUAAUUAUGAAAAUAAAAUAAAUAUGUAUUCUAUACAUAAGAAAAUAACAAAAUAUGAAAUAUCAGAUAUAGAUAAAUAUAAUAGUCAAGAUAAUAAUUUAAUUUGUUUAAGCUCAUUAAAUAAUAUAUUUAUUUUUGAUAUAAGAUAUAUAAAUAAUAAUUUACCAUAUAAAGUAUUACAUGAUAAUUCAUAUAAUAAUUAUAAUUUAAAUGAUACUUAUUUUGAACCAUAUCAAACAUCUCUCUAUACUGGUGAAGGGAAUAGUAGUAAUACAAAUGUCAAUUAUUUUUAUGAUCAUUCAUAUAAUAAUUUUUAUAAUGAUGAUUUUUUUAAUUCAGAUACUUUUAUUCAUUCAUUGUUUUGGUGUAAUAUUGAAGGAUUUAAUUAUAUCGGAUCUUUAAAUAAUAAAGGUAUUAUCAACAUAUAUGAUGUUAAUAAAAGUAAACAACAUUGUGUAUUUACAUAUGGAUGUAAAUAUAUUAAACAUUUUAAAUAUAAUCCAUAUAAAAUUAAUAAUUUCUUAUCAGUGGAUAAGAAUAAUAUUUUGCAUCUUUUUACAUUACCUGACCAAAUAUAUAAAAGUGAUUUUGACAUGUACCUAAAUAAAUAUAUAAAGGAUGAAUAA